UGUAAAUCUGACAAAAAAAUAAAUAAAUGUAUUAUAUUUAUUAUUAUGAUUAUUAUUUUAUUUAUUUAUUGCAACAAAAACCGUUAUUUUACAUUUAAUACGGCAUGGUUCCUCCGUUUAACGUUGUAUUCCUUUCGAAGCAUAGACACUCAUGGGAUGUUGGACAACGAGUUGCGACUUCGGACACCUGAAAACGCACUCCAAGGUGUCUGUGCUCUUUACCAUGAUCCUUAUAUUCACCUAUUUAUUCUAUUGUCUCACUGGAUACUGCGAUUCCAUGCCGAGUCCAUUGUAUGUCCAUCAGACUUUUAGAAGUAAACUUUUCCUAAAAGAAGGGAAGAAACUCGUGCACUGGAACGGCUCCAUCGCUCGCGAACUCCCCGAGCAGGAUGCGACAGAUGUGGAAGAUGAGAAGCGGCAGCGAGGUGUAGGUUAUGACACGUACAACAAUCUCUCCGUGUCAAACAACUUUGGGACCAAAGAGUUUCCUAAGGCGAUUAUUAUCGGCGUGAAAAAGGGAGGAACGCGCGCGCUUCUGGAGUUCCUGCGCGUUCAUCCUGACGUGAGAGCCGUGGGCGCGGAGCCGCACUUCUUUGACAGAUUCUAUGGGAAGGGUCUCCACUGGUACAGGAAUCUAAUGCCUCGUACUUUAGAUGGCCAGAUGACCAUGGAGAAAACACCCAGCUACUUCAUCACCCAUGAAGCGCCAUCCCGCGUCUUCUCCAUGAGCCGCGGCACUAAACUCAUCGUGGUGGUCCGUGACCCUGUGACCCGGGCCGUGUCGGACUAUGCUCAGACCCUGACUAAAAACCCCGGCCUGCCAUCUUUCCAGAAUCUGGUCUUCAAGAACUCCACCACAGGUCUGAUCGACACGUCCUGGAGCGCCGUGAGGAUCGGCAUCUACGCCAAACACCUGGAGAACUGGCUCAGGUAUUUCCCACUCGCGCAGUUUCUUUUUGUGAGUGGCGAGAAGCUGGUGACGGACCCCGCGGGAGAAAUGGGCCGGGUGCAGGAUUUUCUGGGUCUCAAACGGGUGGUGACCAAUAAGCACUUCUACUUUAACCAGACUAAAGGCUUCCCCUGCCUCAAAAAGCCAGAAGGGAGCAGCAGACCGCAAUGCCUGGGGAAAUCGAAAGGGCGACCGCAUCCACACAUAGCAGCAGAUGUGCUGCACAGACUCAGGGAUUUCUACAGGCCUUUCAACAUGAAGUUCUACCAGAUGACUGGUCAGGACUUUGGCUGGGACUAAACACUUGCAGGACCCUUUGUGAUAAUAUACAAAGCAAUUAAACUGUCUAUUUAUGACUGAUCAAUGUUGAUUUCCAGUAUCUUUAGCUGAGUACGCUCAGAAAUUGUUAAUUUCAAAGAAACUACAGGUGCAAACAAGGAGAUUGUUGGCCAAAUUAAAUCCAGACUGGAAAAGGUCUAACAAAAGUAUAUUUUAUUAUAUAAACUAUAUGAAAAAAAAAACAA